AUACACGAAAAGUAAAAUUAACAAGAAGCAAAAAAUACCUGUAACGGAUGUGAAUACAAUAAAGAAAAAUAUACAAGCUAAGCCAUGAGGAAUGAGGAACGUGUGCGUAAUUUUCAAAAUGUCGAAAAAAAUUAAAGGAAAUGUAAUUUGAAGGCUAGGACUUAGUUAGAUAUGCUCAUUGCCUACAUAUUUCGAUGGAGGACGAAACACUAAGAUACACCACCUUUGCUGCUUUUCCACAAUCGUGUCCCAUUACUCCAUCACAACUAUCUGGGGCAGGAUUUCAUUAUGAAGGGACGGCGGACGAAGUCAUUUGUCACAACUGUGGAUUUAAGUACAUGAACUGGCAAACGGGAGAUAAUCCGCUUGUGUUACAUCAACAACAGUCACCAUCAUGCCAUGUAGUCUGUAAUCAAGUAGAAAACCAGAAUUUUGAAGAAAUAAGUCACCAGCAUCACGAAAAUGACAGAAACACCCAUACCAAUAUAAGAUCGCUGCAACAGGGGAUUGGACAGUCCGAAGCAAGACCACGUUUCCCUUACUUCGAGUCUUUUUCAGCACGUCUGCAGUCGUUCAAUCAAUGGCAACACACUACCUGGAGCAGCAUUAGUCUUAAUGUGUUUGCAAAUGCUGGAUUAUUUUAUGAAGGGAACUACGAUAUUGUGACGUGCUUCUAUUGCGGGGGAAGACUAGGUCAUUGGGAUCGAGGCGAUGACCCUUUUUUCAAGCAUGCUUGCUAUUAUCCAGCAUGCCCGUAUGUUCGACAGUCUAAAGAUUAUCGAUUUAAGAUUGGAUUUCAGUCAGAAAACUUGAGAAAAGAUUAUGAACAGUCAUCAAGUGGUCCAAUUGGCGGGAAUAUACCUGAAAAUAUCGAAGAACUGUUUCAGCACGCAGCUGUACAAGCUGUCAGAACUUGUCAGAACAACGAAAUGAUAUUGAAAGGCGUUGAGCGACUAAGAUCCAAGGGAGAAGCGCACUUUAAUGCUUCAAAUUUAAUGCAAUGCAUACUGGAUAUAGAAGACGAAGAACAGGAAGCAAAACAGAAAAAGGAGGAUGACGAAAAGAAAAGAUUAGAAGACGAAAAUGAAGAACUCCGAUUUUCUAGGUUAUGCAAAGUAUGCCUAGCGAAUGACUUCAACACAGUUUUCUUACCUUGUUGCCAUUUGUGUUGCUGUGCAGAAUGUGCAAGUAACUUUCAGAUAUGUCCUAUUUGUCGUCAAAACAUAACGACUGUAGUCAAAGUAUUUAUAUCGUGAAGUAAGACUUGUGUACAUGGGAGGUGAAGGUCACAGUGAA